GUUGGUCUUCUUUUCUCAGCUCCAUGUGAUGGUUCUCCGUCGGUCCUCUCCCCAGGUGAUGUGGCUCUCUGGCCGGCUGUGGUUGCUGGCCUGCCUCCCUGGGCUGGUCCUGGGGCUGGCAGGAGGGGGGGCCUGCCGGCUGUUGGCUAAGCCUGUGUCCGGCAGUGUAUAUCGGGCAGGGGACGUCGUGAUCGGGGGACUGUUCCCCAUCCAUGUGGAAGCUCCAGAACCUGAGCUAGAGUUUAGGAGCAAGCGCAGCAACACUAACUGUACCAUUUUCUACCAGCGGGCGUACCGCUGGCUCCAGACCAUGAUCUUUGCUGUGGAGGAGGUGAACCGUAACCCUAGCCUCCUCCCUGGGCUCAGGCUGGGGUACCUGGCCUCAGACUCCUGCCUGGUCGAGGGCACCGCCUUGGGGGCAGCCCUGGGCAUGGUGACCGGGCAGGAAGACUCCAUAUCAGGCACAGACUGUGGCACAACUCCCGAGGUGCCAGUCAUCAUCGGAGACACCAGCUCCUCCUCCUCCAUCGUGGUGGCACAGACCCUGGGAGUGUUUACCCUGCCCAUGGUGAGCUACUUUGCGUCCUGUACUUGUUUGAGUGACCGUAGGAAGUACCCCUCCUUCUUCAGGACUGUUCCCAGCGAUGCCUUCCAGGCACGGGCCAUGGCCUGGCUUCUGUCCCGGCUAGGCUGGACCUGGGUGGGCCUGUUGUCUGGGGACGAUGACUACGGGAAGUAUGGGGUCCAAAUGCUGCUGCAGGAGCUGAGGGGCUCUGGAGUGUGUGUCUCUUACUCUGAGGUCAUCCCCAAGGUCCAUUCCCAGAGCAGGAUCAGUCGGGUGGUUGACACCAUCCAGAGGUCCUCUGCCACGGUUGUGGUGGUGUUUGCCAGCCCCCAGGAUGCACAGGCUCUCCUGAAAGAAGUGGUGCGUCAGAACAUCACAGAUAAGCAGUGGAUCGCUAGCGAGGCCUGGAUCACCUUCACCAGCCUCUCAGUCCCCCAGAACCUCCCCUCGCUGGCCGGCACCAUCGGGUUUGCCCUCCGGAGGGCCCCUAUCCCUGGGCUGGGAGACUUCCUGACCCAGCUGAGGCCAGACGGGCCCUCGCCCCAUCACGACCCCUUCCUCAGGGAAUUGUGGGAAGAGCUGUUUGGGUGUUCUUUGGAGGCCGGUCAGGGCACUGCUCAGCUGUGUUCAGGGUCAGAGGUCAUAGUGGAGGGGGAGAGUAUGUACGCGGACGUGUCACAGCUGAGGGGCACCUAUAACGUGUACAAGGCCGUGUACGCCAUCGCCCACGCUCUGCAUGGCAUGCUGGCCUGCCCACCUGGAGACCUGUGUCCCAACCUCCAGCACCUGCAGCCCAAAGACAUUGUUCAGUACCUGAGAGGUGUGAACUUCACCACACAUGUGGGUGACCCCGUCCACUUUGACCAGAAUGGAGAUCCACCUGCUUCCUAUGACAUCAUCAACUGGCACGUGACCCCACAGGGUGGGGCGGAAUUUGACACCGUCGGACAUUUUUUGACAUCUGAGGGAUCGGGGGGCCAGUUUCACCUGGAACUUGAGAGAGUGAUGUGGGGUGGUGGGAGUGGACGUGAGGUGCCCGUGUCUGUGUGCAGCACUCCCUGCCCCCCUGGCACCUGGAAGGCGGCACAGAAGGGCCGACCAAUCUGCUGCUUUGACUGUCUGCCCUGCUCAGAGGGGGAGGUCAGCAGAGAGACAGGAUCGGUGGAGUGCAGCCGGUGUCCUGAGAGGUUCUGGUCCAGCCCAGACCACACUGAGUGCAUCCCCCAGCAGGUGGACUUCCUGUCCCUCAGCGACAGCAUGGGAAUCGCCCUGUCCGUCAUCUCUGUUGUCGGGGCAACACUAACAGCCGCAACCUUGAUUACUUUUAUUUGUCACCGACACACGCCACUGGUCCGGGCCAACAACUCAGAGCUGAGCUUCCUGCUUCUGCUGUCACUCAAGCUCUGCUUCCUGUGUGCGCUGGCAUUCAUUGGUCAGCCCAGGCCUUGGUCCUGCAUGCUGAGACACACCCUGUUUGGGAUCAGUUUCGUGCUGUGCCUCUCCUGCCUGCUGAGCAGAACCGUGGUGGUUCUGGUGGCCUUCCGCUCCACCCUCCCUGGAGAGAACCUAAUGCGGUACCUGGGUCCCAACCAGCAGAGGCUGGGCAUCUCUCUCUGCACGCUGGUACAGGUGCUGAUCUGUGUGUUGUGGCUGUCCCUGGCCCCCCCUCGGCCUACAGAGAGGGGCAUCAGAGGAGACCAGGGGCCCAAGAUCUUGUUGGAAUGUGCUGUGGGCUCCGUGGCGGGCUUCUCCCUGGUCCUGGGGUACAUCGGCCUGCUGGCCUCCCUCUGCCUCCUCCUGGCCUUCCUGGCCAGAAAACUCCCAGACAACUUCAACGAGGCCAAGCUCAUCACCUUCAGCAUGCUGAUCUUCUGCGCUGUGUGGGUGUCGUUCGUCCCCGCCUAUGUCAGCUCUCCGGGAAAGUACACGGUUGCCGUGGAGAUCUUUGCCAUCCUGGCCUCCAGUUACGGACUUCUGGCCUGCAUCUUCGUCCCAAAGUGUUACAUCAUCCUGCUGAGGCCUGAGAGGAACACCAAGAAACAGAUGAUGGCCAAAUAACAUCAAGGCCUUCUGUAUGAUAAUACUUUGCUAUUGCUUUUAGUGACUUCAUUGAGGUCUGUGAAUUUUACUGAGAAAUCUUCUAAUGCUAAAAUAAGUUCAUGUACACCAGUGGUUCCCAAACUUUCUACAGUCCUGUACCCCUUCAGACAUUUAAUCUCCAUCUACGUAUCCCCCGUUUUUUGUAAACGCCGCCGCCGCCCCCUCCCCUCGCGCACAUAUACAGUCUAUAACACUUGAAACUGUGAAAUUGUCAGGGAUUUCAGGACUUGGAUGGAAGUUUAGAUCAAACUGAGUUUUAUUAGCAAUACAACCCAGGUAAAGGGAAAUGAGAAACAAAUAAGGAGGUUGAACUAACUCACUCAGGGGUUUAACGGGAAUGACUAUUUAACUCAAACAAGGCAAAACAGAUGAAAACCAAGAUACUCAGCGUCAAACGCCGGAAGAACACAAACUAGCAAUGUUUAACUAUAAGGGCAUAAAUAAACAGUGUGCAGAAGUGUGUGUGUUGAAUUUGAAAAGGGGGGCGUGGCCGGAGCGGAGUUCAGCCAGAAAUAAUCACCACAGUAGCUGUUUUGAGACGUCCUCUGCCAUGUCACUGAUACGCCGUGAAACAGUGUUGUUUGAUGAAGCCAUUGUCUGUAUAGUUUUUUGGCCUUUUCCCCCAGCAUUGCCCCAACCAUAUCCACGGCAGACAGCAGUUAGCAAAUGUAUUUAGUUUCUUUUUUUUCACUUUGAAAAUGUAAAUCAAAUCUCCCCACGUACCCCCUGAACCACUUCGCGUACCCAGUUUGGGAACCGAUGAUGUCACACUUUGUCU